CUUAAUAAGUAACAAGGGUUUUACUAUUAACAGCCACUCGCCAUUUUAUACUUCUUGGCUUGUUCAAGAUGGGGCCAUCACAGUCUACACACAAGUCAGAUGACUCUCACGGACAAGAGUUUAUUCUCCCGCCCUUCACUCGUGACGUUACUACCACUAAGCCAGAGGCCAAAAGAUGGGUCGAAGAUGGCAUCGUUUGGUGCUACGCUUUCAACCAUGCCGAAGGAGAACGCUGUUUUGAAAAGGCCAUUGAAAUCGACCCAGAAUGUUGCCUCGCAUAUUGGGGGCUUGCCUUUGCUCUUGGUCCCAACUACAAUAAGCCAUGGAAAGCAUUCGACCGGAACGAUCUCAAACACACCACUUUGAAAGGUCUUGAAGCCUGCAAAAAUGCAGAAGCUCUAGCCUCAAAAGCGAGCCCCGUUGAGCGAGCCCUUGCUGGUGCCAUUCGACAUCGCUAUCCUAAGGAUGAGAACGACACAAAUCAUGCCAGGAGUUGGAACAGUGCCUACGCGGAAGCCAUGAGACCUGUUUAUGAAGAGUUCAAAGAUGAUCUUGAUAUCGCAACCCUGUACGCCGAUUCACUCAUGAAUCUCACGCCCUGGGCUCUAUGGGACGUCCGAACAGGGAAGCCUGCGCCUGGUUCUAAGGUCCUUGAGAUUCAAGAAGUUCUGGAAAGAGGUAUCGCUCAGGAGGGGGGAUAUGAGCAUAUCGGACUCUUACACGCCUAUAUUCACGUCACAGAGAUGUCGACCGAGCCCGAAAAAGGUCUCCUUGCAGCCGAGCAUCUUCGCAAACUGGCAAAUGAAGCAGGCCACCUAGCUCACAUGCCUUCGCAUCUCGACAUCCUCAUCGGAGACUAUCGGCGUGCCAUAUCUGCUAAUGCAAAGGCUGUCAUGGCUGAUGAGAAGUUUGUAUCCCUCCGGGGUGGCGGCGACUUCUACACCAUCUAUCGUAUGCAUGACUACCACUCACUCAUCUACGCCGCCAUGUUUGCUGGCCAGUACGGUGUCUCGAUCAAGGCAGUGAACCAAAUGGAAGUGGCUAUUCCAGACGAAGAUCUGCGAAUUGAGUCGCCCCCAAUGGCAGAUUGGCUGGAGACUUUCAGAUCAGUUCGUCCACAUAUCCUGAUCCGCUUUGGAAAAUGGGAGGAAAUCAUUGACAUGCCACUUCCUACGGACCAGGAACUGCUCUGCGUGACCACCGCGACGAUUCACUAUGCCAAGGGUGUUGCUUAUGCGGCGCUGGGAAAUGUUGAAGAGUCAGCGAAGCAGCGAGAAAUGUUCAUCACUGCCAAAGCUCGUGUGCCGCCGACUCGUACACAGUACCCGAAUAAGUGCCUUGAUGUCCUGGCUGUGGCCGAGGCCAUGCUCGAUGGCGAACUUGAGUACCGACGGGGCAACAUUGAGCUUGCAUUUGAGCAUCUUCGAAAGUCAAUCGAUCUCGAUGAUGGUCUGCGAUACGCUGAGCCGUGGGCAUGGAUGCAACCCGCCCGUCAUGCGUACGCCGCUCUCCUCAUGGAACAAGGCCGCAUCGAAGAAGCUGCUGAAGUAUACCGCACCGACCUCGGUUUGAAUAACAAGCUAUUCAGGGCAAGACACCACCCUAAUAAUGUCUGGGCCCUCCACGGCUAUCAUGAGUGUGCAGUGAAGCUGGGACUUGACGGCGAGGUACGGAUCGUAAAGCAGCAGCUUAAGACGGCUAUGGCUUUUGUAGAUGUGCCUAUCGAGUCGUCAUGUUAUUUCCUCCACCAAGAAUUACCUAACCCUGACUCUCCACGAACAGCUCUACAAGACCAGAACAUAGCGCGCCUCUUCCAUUCUUACACCUCUAAUAUCUCGGAAUGGUAUGAUCUCAGCGACUCAGCAUGUUCUUUUGGUCUUGAAGUUCCGUCCAUCGCCCUAGACGAGCCUCUUCUCUUCUGUGCUGUCAUCGCACUCUCUUCAAUGCAUGCAUGUAAAACAUCAGCUCCAAGUUUUCGCAAAGUCGCUGAAUUCUACCAUCAUCGCUGUGUUCAAUUUCUCAUCGCUUUGGAUGCAGGCGACGAACUCAUCAGCCGAGGUGUAGCGCUCGCAGCGACGUGUCUUUUGCGUUCAUACGAGAUUCUUGACGGUGAUGUUGAUCCCAACAUGCAUCUUCGUGGUGCUUACUCAAUGGCUUCGCUCCAUGAUGUACUCUCAGGUAUUCCACAAGCAGGGCUUCUGGGCGCGGGGUUCUGGAACUAUCUCAGAGAGGACAUUACGUUCAGUCUAUUUGAGGAAUGUCCGUUGAAGAUGAACCUGGAGAGUACGCCACUAAUGAUUCAACAUACCUCUGAUCAGGAUUAUCUUAACUCUAUUACUCUAAUCCUGGGCAAGAUAAUUAAUAUUUCUUUCAAACAAGACACAGAUGGUCGUCAGUGGGACUACAUAAAAGAAGACCUCAAAAGCUGGCGGAAUUCUUGCCCUCGUCACAUGAAGCCUUACUCAAGACUUCAAGGUGAGAUUACCACAUCUCAUCUAUUCCCUGCAAUCUGGUUCCUGCAGCCUUGCCAUGCUGCGAUACUUCACUACUAUCUCGUCGCAAUGACGAUAGUCUGCAUCUACACUUCUCCCAAAAGCCUGGAGGGCCUAGGUGGACUUGAUCUCCCUGAGCUCGAAUCUCAGUCCAAAGAACAAUUUCUUGAGAACUUUGCGCUUGAAAUUUGCGGCGUUGCUUUCACUGCCAAGGUGCCGUCAGUUCUGGUAAAUGCGUUCGGGCCAAUAGCUUUUUGCGCAAGAUUUAUCAAAGCCGAGGCGUCGCAACAGGAGCUAAUUCGGCAACUACUUGCAUGUAAAUCAACUAUAGGAUGGCCAGUUGAACGACUCAUUGGUGAUCUGAAGACAUCCUGGGGGAUGGAUCAAGAGUAGAAUGGCGAUGUCGUGACUCCUCGACGUGUUACUAUCGCUAAACCAACAGAACCACGUUACAUGAAG